CUGCUGCUGCUGCUGUUGCUUCUUUGUCUGUCUGAGUCUCUUCUGUUUUUGAACGGACCUAUCAACUCCAGAAGUAGCAAUCCGUCGAAGGUUGUUUCGAGAAUUUCGUGGGGUUGCCGGUUAGGAGGGAACGGAGCGAAAUCUGUGCGACCCAUGUAAUCUAAACUGCUGCUACAGGACAAGCAGAGGGGCGUGCGUUUUGCUAUGGUGGUGCCAGUCCAAGUCAAGUCGAACAAAGUGUGCUCUUUUUGUCCAUUCCACUUUCCAACUAGGCGUCCACCAAACGCCCACCUCCUCCUCAUCCAAUCCCCCUCCCAAAAACGAUUUCUUUUUUCUUCGUAUAUAAGGAUGAUGACGCAUGCAGUUGCAGAGUGGGUUUGAAUAGAAAAAGCUCGCAACCCAGGUGGUCAUCCGUCGUCCGUCGUCCGUCGACGGUCGUCGGCUGUCUUCUUCUUCUUGUUUGCAGAGGAAGAGUAGAUGCGUUCGCUUUUGCUUUCCGAGUACGAUACGGUUUUGCCGUUACAGGAGGAAAAGUUAACCCCUUUACGCAUAUUGCAUGCUGGUGCUUUCGGAGGACUCCCCGCUGUCGCCAUGACCACCCACUUCGCUCCAAUGCUUUCUGAUUCGAAGAGUAGAUCGUGCCUCUACACCCUGUUCAUAAUCGCUUCUCUCUUCUGCGGUGCUUACUUCAUUGGUAGCUCAGUCAUUGCAAAGGAGUACAGAGAUAGAUUAAUUAGGUUGGAAUCAACCGAGACAGUGCGAAACAGAGAUUCUACGCGUUGCAAGGAUCAUUGCAGGCCUUCAGGAAGCGAGCAUUUACCGAAAGGAAUCGUCGUGGAAACAUCCAACUUGAAAAUGCAACCUUUGUGGGGCCCCAUUGAAAAUGAUAAAAACACAACUCCUGCAAUGAAUUUACUGGCACUAGCUGUUGGGAUUGAGCAAAAAGAAAUAGUGAAUCGUCUUGUACAGAAGUUUCCUUCAAAGAUUUUUGUGGUUAUGCUUUUCCAUUAUGAUGGUGUCGUGGAUGACUGGAAGAAUUUCUCGUGGAGUGAACGGGCCAUACAUGUGUCUGCAGUGAAUCAACCAAAAUGGUGGUUUGCCAAACGAUUCUUGCAUCCAGACAUAGUUGCUGAAUACAGUUACAUCUUUCUUUGGGAUGAGGACCUUGGAGUUGAAAAUUUUGACCCCAAUCGGUACUUGUCCAUUGUCCAGGGUGAAGGACUUGAGAUCUCACAACCAGCACUUGACCCUGCGAAGUCAGCCAUUCAUCUUCCAAUUACUGCACGCAGAAAAAAAUCAAUAGUGCACAGGAGGAUGUAUAAGUCAAAAGGAAGUGGAAGGUGUGAUGACCACAGCACUGCACCCCCAUGUGUUGGAUGGGUGGAAAUUAUGGCACCUGUCUUCUCAAGGAUGGCCUGGCGUUGUGUUUGGCACAUGAUCCAGAAUGACUUGAUCCACGCGUGGGGCUUAGACAUGCUUCUUGGAUAUUGUGCCCAAGGUGAUCGGACCCAAAAAGUUGGCGUGGUUGACUCUGAGUACAUAGUUCAUCUAGGCCUCCCUACACUUGGUGUUGGCAAUAAGAAACAGGCUUCGGACAAGCCCCAAGUAGAUGACAAUAGAAUGGCAGUGAGAAAACGAUCUUUUGAGGAAAUGCAGGUGUUCCAAGAAAGAUGGAAGAAUGCCACUAAGGAGGAUCAAUGUUGGGUUGAUCCAUUUGAACAAGGAAUGAACAAAAGUCGUUGACUGAUUCAUAAUUCUUUGAUACACACCACAGCAGACAAUCUUGGAUCUUCUUUUAUAGUCGCCAGAUUACUAUUAGCAAGAGCAGCAGCUAAUUAUAAAAGUACAGCAGAAUCCCAGUGACCAUGGAUGUGUCGGCCAGACACAACUGUGAAGCCAUAUAUAGUCUCAGUUAAAUUCAGAAUUUUUCCAUGUAAAUACUCGGUUUGGAAAUCAGGGAAUAUUGGUAGUUCUUUUUCACUUUUGAUAGGGUACAGGAGAUUCGCAUCUCAAGAGAUUUCUAUUUUUUUUUGGGGGGGGGGCAAACAGGAUGAUUCUUUUUUGUUUUGGAACUAGACAUAGUAGCGGGGGUAAUUCUCUCACCGGUUUAUUUAAAGGGUUCGUUUUUUUUGUCUUAUCUGGAAAGUCCAACUGCCACAGGGACUCAGUGAAGUGUUACUUGUUUGAUAAUUGGCUGAAAUUGUACAAGUUUCUUUACUUCAAUUUGGAAAAUGAGACCGUCAAAAUUUCUGCAA